AAACGCUGAUCUAAAUCAACAGAGAGGGCAACUGGUGAAUUUGAAAUACACUUGGCUAUCUGACGAGUACAGCGCCCUGAUGCCUUCUGACUAGUGGAUGUUCAUACACUUACGGCGUUUGACGAAUGUUAAUCCAUUUAAGCAAGAUUGAAAGCCAUAAAAGUUAUAUUUCUACAGCAAUAGGUGGAGUUGUGGAAGAGGACAAGCCAAUAAAACCGACGAUCGUGUGCGCCUACAACACACGGAACAUCUCUCUUGUUUACCAUUCCACAGACGUGUGUAAAAACGUCAUAUUUUCAAAACACGCUUGAUACGUGUAAUGAAUGUGCAACCAUUUGGACGCGGACGAAUUUCAUUUGUUGAAAAAAUCCAAUUAGAGUGUAUUUGUUGUGAUAAAAAUUAAAAGGGCCGUGUAUUUAGGGAUUCGUUCCAUUCUGCUGCGGAUCCUGAGGGAGCUUCUGUCGACAAUUCUCGGUGGGGAAUACAUACCUGUAGCUCUGUGCCCGUCCAGGAUGUGUGUGUAGUAUCCACGAUAGAGCAUCACAUCGGCUUGUUGAAUAAGUCGAUUCUCGUAUAUUCUGUUACCACUUUGGAGGACUAGGGCUUUAUCUUUUAAUGAAUAUAUCAAUUUUAAUACUGCAAAUCGAGGCUGGUUGAAUUGGUGGUGGUGAUGUUGGUAGUAGUGAUAGUAGAAGGAGGAAAUCUGGCUGAGUUUUGUGUAGUAGUUUGGGCAGCCUCUCUCCCCCAGUCUCGGUAGGUCUCAUGUCCGUGUUAGAGUAUUAGCCUAAUCACCUGUGUUUACUGUGGGCUUAUCACGACUAUAUCGGUCCGCGCCGUGCCUCGCCCUUGCCAAGGGUUUGAUGAGGAGCUGACAAGCUGGACAUCGCUUUUUAUGCAGUGUAUUUGAGUGGUGGUCAGUGAUGAUUGUUUCUACUGGUCAGUAUCAGUAUUGGUGUCGAAAGCAGCAGGCGGUACAGAAAACUGGAGAACCAACCCUACUAAUAGUUGUUCCUAUUACUCCAAUACGAGAUAUAUGCACAACACUUAAUGGUUUGUUUUGACGAAUGGUUGAAAAACAUGAAUACUGGUUAUUUUGGUGUGGUGGAUGGUAUCCCAGCGGUGCGGCCUGUCACUAGUAGCCUCAAGGAGAGGAAUAUCACAGCAGGUACUUCACCGAUACUACAAACUAGAGACUUAUAUAUCACUGUUGACGGACCACGCAAGAACAUAGAGACAAUUAAAUGACUCAGGGGUACGUCCUUACACUAACCAUGAUCUACAAGAUCCUAGCCUAUAUCGUUGCACCGUUGCUUCUUUCCAGUUGUCUAGCCAAAAGCAAACUUUCGCUUUGGAUGGACGAGAACCAGGUCGAGCACUUAGUUGGCCUCCGGAUGAAGGUCUAUAUUGUCAGCGACGGAACAUUUCCUCACUAUCUCCGGACCCCAGGGAUUGACAAAGGACUACAAUCAAUCCCUUCCGAGGUGGACACAGUCAAUCUCACGUGGGAGGCCGGGGAUGACACGUUCACUUAUUGGUUCAACGACUUGAAGUCAUUGGAUACGCGACUAUUGUACAAUCCACUUCUAAGCAUUCCAGUUUCCGGUAUGAUUCCGCACAGACCAAAAGUUUUCCAGAUGUCUAUACCCUGUACAGGCGAGGAUGAUGGAACAGCCUCCCUAACGCUUGGCCUUCAAAUAUUCAAUAAGCAUGGUCAGCCAAUUCGAGGAUCUCCUAUGCAAUUCAAACUGAAAAAGAGUUGCUCAGCGUUCGUUUCUUCGCAACUUUGUCCAUUUGAGUGUAUAAACGGAGGGAGAUGUAGCCAGUUCGGGCACUGCGAGUGUGCACAAGGCUACCACGGGCUAAAAUGUGAAAGAACGAUGUGCCAGAACGGCUGUGACAACAAUGGGACCUGUAUGUCGGAGGACGUUUGUAUCUGUCCGGACGGCUUCUCAGGCAAACGUUGUGAACGGGCUCUGUGCAAACAGCCCUGUCAAAACGGAGGACGCUGUAUACAGGAGGAUGUGUGCUGGUGUACUAGCGGUUUCUAUGGAGAAGCCUGUAGAUUCAGCAAAUGUAAACCCCAAUGCGAAAAUGGUGGCGUGUGUAUUGGGGUAAACGAGUGUCAAUGCCCGGCAGCGUUUACGGGUGACUUGUGUGAAAAACGUAGAUGUAAGCCUACCUGUCGACACGGAGGAUUAUGCAUAGGCGACAACAGAUGUCGCUGUCCAGUUGGAUUCUCCGGUUCUGUGUGUGAAAAACGUGAAAAACGUGAUAAGAGGAGCAACAAACACAAAAAGAGAAGGAAAAACAGAAAAAAGGGAAGGAAGAAAAAGAAAAAUCCCAAGAAAAGACGACGACAUAAAAAGAUUAAGAGGAGAAAGGAAAAGGCAAAGAAAAAUAGACGGAAACAACCUUUAUUAGAACAAGUGCGAGCUUUUUAUAGAAGGAAAAAGAAGCGUGAAAGACGCGAAAGACUACGAAAAGAAGGUAAUAGAAAUCGAAAGAAGCAGUUUGUACGGUGAUAGCACCUGCCCGCUGGUGUAGACGGAUGUUGUGAUAUGAAGACAUACUUCUUGAAGUAUACUACUUGAUUAAUACAUGUUUAACCUGCAGCGUGUUGAGCAGAUAUGAACUUGCUUCUGCUUGUUGAAGCUUGGCAACAAAGGACGCACUUAAGUAAAUGGCCGUGUGAAUAAAUAAUUGGAAUCUGAUAUUGAACCAUUUCUGAUUGUCAAAUUCUUGUAUUUGGGGACUGUGAUUAAAUUGGCUUUGCUUGUGGUCGGUGUACAACUUUUUGUUUUCUGAUAACACGGAUUUGAAGGUAGGGCCGAACUGAAGUUCAUAAGAGGAGACGUUAUUUCGAAUGUGUACCAUAUUUAUAAUGUCAUACAAACUCAUACUUAGAUGAAGCAUAGCCUCUCAUUCAUAAUUUAUUUUGUCGUUUGCUGUGAUACAACUACGUCCGUGGAACUGGUGACCUUUAUGUUUUCGUGAUGGCAUUACAUUUGUGUGUGGUAUGUAUGAAUGUACAUGAUAAGUGUUUCAAAUAACCCUGUGUAUAUAUGCAAACAGCGUUUUCUUCGGAGCCCAUGUUAUGGAAAGGAUGAUGCAGGUUCUGGUGAUUACGUAACGCAUUAUGUUAAAUGCGAGAUUCGAUGUUCCUAUAGUAUUGCUUCGUUAAAGUACAAUUUAUCUGAAAGAACUCACCUGGAACGAUGCAGACAGAUACAAACUUACCGAAACAUCACCCGUUAUCUCGUGAAAUAGUCUGAGAAUGACCUCAUCUCAUACUGAGUGUGUAUUAAGAGCGUGUGUCGGCAGAGAUUAACUAAACAGUUAGACGUUCAUCAAGAAAACUAGACAAGAGGCUGAGAAUACUACCGAUAUGUACAUACUGACAAAGGAACUAUUUGAAUAUUUAUACGAGGAAACAUUUGCAUAGUCAAAUUUACGAAAUAUAUGAAUAUUCAUAAGUAUUUGCUGUUAAUGAUUUAUUUUCGUUAGUGGUUAAUUGGUAAUGCUAUGUGAUAACAAUCAUGUAAGAGUAUACACUGUUUUGCUGUCAUUAAGUCAUUUUUGCAAUGUUUAUCAUUAUGGAUUCGGAAGAAUCGGGUAAAUAGAAACAAUAUGUAUAGUGUAAUUAUGUUAACUUGGUGUAACACAGAAAAAAACAUCAAAAACAUUUUCCCUCCUUCAUUUUGAUUGGUAAAGAAAAUGGAAAUGUUACUAUCUGCAUUGUUAUGUCAAUCUUUACAAAUGUGAAAUACGUUAACAAUGAGAAUACCCCAUUGUGAAUUAUAUCUCUGUUUGAUGUUUAAUGUUAUUAGUCUAAACACUAAAACUAUGAACAAUGUAAUAUUUAUUAUCGUUCUUUUGAGCAAACAUAAAAAUGUACACGCAAAUCAGAUUGAAGCGAAAUGUGCAUUUUAAUACCAUUUAUUUUGGUUGUUCAUUAUUUGAUUGUUUGUUUGAAAACAGUGGUGUAGAGAAAGAAACACAUUAAAGGUUGUGAAAAUUCAAGCAUUGUGCGAUACAAAUGUAUAUAUAGAUACAUAUUGAUUUUUAUUUUAGAUUUGAAAGUUUGAUAUUGUUGAAUGUCGCCGUUUGUUUAGUUACUUAUUUUACAAUUAUGACGUCUCUGUUGACUAGUUGAAUGAUUCAUUACAGUAUGUCCGUGGCGUCUAUUUCAAGUGGUUUUUCGUUUUGUAAGACUAUGUGAUUAAGCAUUACUCAACUGCAGAAAAGUAGAACAAAUUAGCGAUGUUGAUUAUGUUUGUUUUCAUUUUGUUUUACUUUAAGUGUCGUUCUUCUGACCUAUUAUAUUGACAAACUGUAAAUAUAAACAAAAAUGACAGAGCUUUGCACGUUUUAAUAGUUAAACGCAAAAACACGUCCAAACGUUAAGAAGUAAAUGUUCAGAGUAACUUCAGAAAGGCGCUUUUAAAAACAAAAAUUCGACAAAAGUCAAUGACACGUCAUUUAAUGCUAUGUACAAAAAGUUAAUAACAAAAAUACAUGUUUCAUGAAUAUCAAUUGAUUUAUUUCAACUUUCUUUAAUUUGGAAAAACACAUUUAACUAGACUUAGAUACAAGUAAUGUUUUUUCCCAUUUCAUCAACGCAUUGUCAAAGAUGCUGUUGUGAUUUGUUAUGCUUUCGGUCGAUAGUGAAUGAGAGAUUGACAAAUAUAAUUAUUGUAUAUUUUGAACAAUACUAAUAUAUUAUUGCCACUCCGACUAAUUUAACAUUAUUCAUUUUGAAUCGAAUGUAUGAAUCAAAUUGUAAAUAUUUAUGGUAAUUGUAAAAAUAAAUUUGAAA